AUGGUACUGUUCCGGAUCCUUUGCUUGUUUAGCCCUUUGCUUUCCCAACUACUGCUACUAGCUUGUGUGCUGGGCGUGCUUCGCUUCGCCUGGCUGCUGAUCGAAUCAUGUUUCGCUGGGAUUCGCGACUCUGUAUUGGUUCAGAAUUCAGAUGGCUUAAUUGAGAUGCGAGUUGCUGCACAGCAUGCUCUGCUCUCGGGAACUCCAGUUAAUAUCAUCGUUGGUUCUCAUGUUUGGGUGGAAGACCCUAAUCUAGCUUGGAUAGAUGGGGAGGUUGUUAGCAUAAAAAACAAUGAAGUACAUGUGCAGACAUCGAGUGGGAAAAAGGUUACCACAGACAGAUCAAAAGUUUUUCCCAAGGAUAUGGAAGCUCCACCAGGAGGAGUUGAUGAUAUGACAAGACUUUCAUACUUACAUGAACCUGGUGUUCUACAGAAUCUUGCUACCCGCUAUGAACUGAAUGAAAUAUAUACUUACACAGGCAGCAUUUUGAUUGCUGUAAAUCCAUUUCAAAGAUUGCCACAUCUUUAUGAUACCCACAUGAUGGAACAGUACAAGGGUGCAGACUUUGGGGAGUUGAGUCCCCAUGUCUUUGCUAUCGCAGAUGUUGCUUACAGGGCAAUGAUAAAUGAAGGGAAAAGCAACUCUAUAUUGGUCAGUGGUGAAAGUGGUGCUGGGAAGACUGAGACAACGAAGAUGCUUAUGAGAUAUCUAGCGCACUUAGGUGGGCGGUCUGGAGUAGAAGGACGUACAGUGGAACAACAAGUUUUAGAGUCCAACCCAGUUCUUGAAGCUUUUGGUAAUGCUAAAACUGUGCGAAACAACAACUCAAGUCGCUUUGGCAAGUUUGUUGAGAUCCAAUUUGACAAGACUGGACGGAUCUCAGGAGCUGCUAUCAGAACUUACUUGCUGGAAAGAUCACGUGUGUGCCAAAUUAAUUCCCCAGAAAGAAAUUACCAUUGCUUUUAUUUCCUUUGUGCCGCAGCACCUGAGGAAACUCAGAGGUAUAAACUGUCUGAUCCUAGAUCGUUCCAUUACCUCAACCAGUCGAGCUGUAUUGAGGUGGAUGGAAUCAAUGACGCUGAAGAGUAUUUAGCAACAAGAAGAGCAAUGGACAUAGUUGGAAUCAAUGAGGAAGAGCAGGAAGCUAUAUUCAGGGUUGUAGCAGCUGUACUUCAUCUUGGAAAUAUAAAUUUUGCCAAGGGAACGGAAAUUGAUUCUUCUGUAAUCAAGGAUGAUAAGUCCAGGUUCCACCUUAACACCGCAGCAGAACUUUUGAAAUGUGAUUGCCAGAAUUUGGAAAAGGCACUGAUAACACGAGUUAUAGUCACGCCUGAAGAAGUUAUCACUAGAACACUUGAUCCUGCUUCUGCAGUUGCUAGCAGAGAUGCAUUAGCUAAAAUAAUAUACUCUCGAUUGUUCGAUUGGAUUGUGGAAAAAAUUAAUGUCUCAAUUGGACAGGAUCCAAACUCAAAACAAUUAAUUGGAGUUCUUGAUAUCUAUGGUUUUGAGAGCUUCAAAGUUAACAGUUUUGAACAGCUAUGUAUCAAUUAUACAAAUGAAAAGCUGCAACAACAUUUUAACCAGCAUGUGUUCAAAAUGGAACAAGAAGAGUAUACCAGAGAAGAAAUAAACUGGAGUUACAUCGAGUUUGUUGAUAAUCAAGAUGUGCUAGACUUGAUAGAGAAGAAAGGUGGAUUGAUUGCACUUCUGGAUGAAGCAUGUAUGUUUCCUAGAUCAACACAUGAGACGUUUGCACAGAAGCUAUAUACAACAUUUAAGAAUAACAAGCGGUUUUUCAAGCCAAAGCUUUCACGCACUGAUUUUACAGUAGUCCAUUAUGCUGGCGAUGUGACAUACCAGGCUGAUUAUUUCUUAGACAAGAACAAAGAUUAUGUAGUGGCUGAACAUCAGGAUCUGCUGAAUGCUUCUUCAUGCCCAUUCGUAGCUGGUUUAUUCCCUCCUCUCCCACAGGAGACAGCAAAGUCUUCAAAAUUUUCAUCCAUUGGAUCACGUUUUAAGCUGCAACUUCAAUCUCUCAUGGAAACUUUGAGCUCUACCGAACCCCACUAUAUUAGAUGUGUGAAGCCAAAUAAUCUCCUUAAGCCAGCCAUUUUUGAGAAUACAAAUGUUAUACAACAACUAAGAUGUGGAGGUGUUCUUGAAGCUAUCAGGAUCAGCUGUGCUGGAUACCCCACAAGAAAAACAUUUUAUGAAUUUGUCAAUCGAUUUGGUGUCCUUGCUCCUGAAGUUUUAGAAGGGAGCAAUGAUGAUAAGAUUGCGUGCCAAAAGAUUUUGGAAAAAGUGGGUCUGGAGAAUUACCAGAUUGGAAAAACAAAGGUGUUUCUGAGAGCUGGACAGAUGGCUGAUUUGGAUGCUCGUAGAGCUGAAGUAUUAGGAAGAGCAGCAAGAAUCAUACAGAGGCAAAUAUGUACAUAUAUUGCAAGGAAACAGUUUGCCGAUCUUAAAAGAUCAGCAAUGCAGCUACAAUCUUUUGUCAGAGGAACCUUGGCCCGUAAGUUGUAUGAGUGCAUGAGGAAGGAAGCAGCAGCAUUGAAAAUACAAAAGAAUAUGCGAUGCCACAAAGCACGAGAAUCUUAUUUACAACUGCAAGCAGCUGCAAUCACACUGCAGACAGGCUUAAGGGCAAUGUCUGCUCGCAAAGAAUUCAGGUUCAGAAAGGAAACGAAAGCAGCUGUCCACAUCCAAGCUCAGUGGCGCCGCCACAGAGACUACUCACAUUACAAGAAUCUGCAAGGAGCAGCUCUUACUUACCAGUGUGCCUGGAGGCAAAGGCUUGCGAGAAGAGAGCUCAGGAAGCUCAAGAUGGCCGCAAGAGAGACAGGGGCCCUUAAAGAGGCCAAGGAUAAACUUGAGAAGCGUGUUGAAGAACUAACCUGGCGCUUAGGAUUGGAGAAGCGAUUAAGGACUGAUCUUGAGGAAGCAAAAGCCCAGGAAAUUGCUAAGCUGCAAGAGACAUUGCAUGAUAUGCAGCUUCAAGUUGAAGAAUCAAAGGCCAUGGUGGUUAAGGAGAGGGAAGUUGCUAGAAAGGCAAUUGAAGAAGCACCUCCAGUAAUCAAAGAGACUCCUGUGCUAGUCGAAGACACGGAAAAUAUUAACUCACUGACGGCCGAAGUUGAACAACUAAAGGCUUUGCUGCUAACUGAAAGGCAAGCAACAGAAGCUGCAAAAAGAGAACAUGCUGAAUCUGAACGGAGAAAUGAAGAACUAAUUAAGAAGUUUGAGAGUGCAGAGAAAAAGAUUGAGCAACUUCAGGACACUGUCCAGAGGCUGGAGGAGAAAGCAACCAACAUGGAAUCUGAGAACAAAGUGCUCCGUCAACAGGCUGUUGCAAUUUCUCCUACGGCAAAGUCAUUAGCUGCAUAUCCUAAGUCUCCUUUCCAGCUGAAAACUCCGGAGAACGGGAAUGCUCUAAACGGAGAAGUGAAGUCAUCACCAGAUGUCACCCCUAUCUCACCAAACCCCAAGGAGCUUGAGGCUGAAGAGAAGCCACAAAAAUCACUUAAUGAGAAGCAGCAGGAAAAUCAAGACCUGCUGAUCAAGUGUGUAUCACAAGAUCUGGGAUUCUCCAGUGGCAAACCUAUUGCAGCUUGCCUUAUCUACAGGUGUCUUCUACACUGGAGAUCAUUUGAAGUUGAAAGAACUGGUGUUUUUGACCGUAUUAUACAAACAAUUGGCUCUGCGAUUGAGUCCCAGGACAACAACGACAAGUUGGCAUAUUGGCUCUCGAAUUCAUCCACAUUACUGCUGCUGCUACAACGAACACUGAAAACAACUGGAGCAGCUGGAUUCACUCCUCAAAGGCGCAGGUCAUCUGCUGCAUCUUUUGGGAGGGUGUUUUUGGGGAUGCGAGCCUCACCACAAAGUGCUGGGCGUGCUUUUCUGGGAAGUCGCUUGAUUGGAGGGCUAGGUGACCUUCGUCAAGUUGAAGCCAAGUACCCAGCCCUGCUGUUCAAGCAACAGCUUACAGCUUUCCUUGAGAAGAUCUAUGGAAUGAUAAGAGACAAUUUGAAGAAGGAGAUAUCUCCUUUGCUUGGCCUUUGCAUCCAGGCACCAAGAACAUCCCGUGCAAGUCUAAUUAAAGGAUCACGUUCCCAAGCAAAUGCCUUAGCUCAGCAAACUCUGAUCGCCCACUGGCAGAGCAUUGUGAAAAUAUUGACAAAUUACUUGAAUGUUUUAAAAGCAAAUUAUGUCCCGUCAUUCUUAAUCAGCAAAGUGUUCACUCAAAUCUUCUCAUUUAUUAAUGUUCAGUUGUUUAAUAGUCUUCUUCUUCGCCGGGAGUGCUGUUCAUUUAGCAAUGGAGAAUAUGUGAAAACUGGAUUGGCAGAAUUAGAGCAGUGGUGCAUUUAUGCAACUGAAGAGUAUGCAGGUUCUUCCUGGGAAGAAUUAAAACAUAUUAGGCAGGCUGUUGGAUUCCUUGUAAUUCAUCAAAAGCCAAAGAAAACAUUGAAAGAAAUUACCAACGAUUUGUGCCCUGUCCUUAGCAUACAACAGCUAUAUCGAAUCAGUACAAUGUACUGGGAUGAUAAGUAUGGUACCCACACUGUUUCAUCAGAUUGUACUCCUAAUCACAGCAUUCCAUUUUCGGUGGAUGACAUCUCGAAGUCGAUGACAGAAAUCGAGCGUUGCCGAGCAAGAUGCCGAUGCCAGCGAUGCGCAAGCGGAAGCCAACCUACAACUCUACAAUCAUUUCACCAAUCUGGUCUCCUCCCUGCCGAGCUCGAAUGGCCUGGGCCACAGUCAGCUCUUCCUCCACGGCCAAGGCUGGCACGCCACCCAGGGGGCCAUGGUCGCCUCCAUUGUCGCCGGCGCCUGCUUCUCCGCGCGGCCCACGGACAUCAUGGUCGCCACCUUGCCCAAGUCUGGCACGACGUGGAUCAAAGCACUCCUCUACGCCACCGUGCACCGGGGACAGCACUCCCCGUCUCCCCGGACGCCGCCGACCACCCUUUCCACACCCUCGGCCCCCACAAGUGCAUCCCGUUCUUGGAGUUACAGCUCUACAACUACAAGAGCGGUCGCAUCCCGGACCUCGGAAAGCUUCCGGACCCAAGGCUCUUCGCCACGCACGUCCCGUUCGUGGCGCUGCCGAGGUCCGUCGACGCCACGCCGGGCUGCAAGAUAGUCUACGUAUACCGCGACCCGAAGGACACGUUCGUCUCGCUGUGGCACUUCAUGAACAAGCAGCUCAGGGCACAGAAAGGGAUGGAGCCCCUCUCGGUCGAGUUCGCCGCCGAGCAGUUCUGCGCCGGCGUGUCGCCGCGGGGCCCGUACUGGGAGCACGUGCUCGGGUACUGGCCGCGCACCCACCUCGCGCGGCCCGAGCAGGUGCUCUUCUUCAGCUACGAGGAGAUGCAGAGGGACCCCGCGGCGCACGUCCGGAGGCUUGCAGAAUUCGUUGGCCUCCCGUUCGGUGCCGGCGCGGACAGCACCGCGGACGCCAUCGUUAGGCUAUAUAUGCGCGUUCGAGCGCAUGAACGAGCUGAGGGCGACCAAAGAUGGUAA